AUGGGGCAGCUCGAUGAGUUCCUUCGAAUAGACCUUAUUGAGAAGGUGGAGCGACGGAAGCUCACGGAGUCUCAGCUACUGGAUCUCACUGCGAAGGAGUUAGGCUACAUGUUCAGCUGUGAUGGAGAAAAAUUGUACCAGACGAUGCGAAUGUUGCCACGGUUGGAAGUUGAAGCUGUUCUUAAGCCAAUCACUUACACAAUCAUGCAAGUUACCGCCACGUUGACUCCGGCGUUCUAUUGGAAUGAUCGCUUUUUAGGAAAAACCGGAGCUCAGUCCUUCUGGUUAACAUUAGAGAAUAUAGAUGAAAAUCUGAUAAUCCAUCAGGAGAGAAUCGCAAUAAAUAAGAAGAAGGUUGGAUAUUAUUUUGAGAAAAAUGUCGACGUGAAAGCCGUUGAACCACAGCAUCUGGUAUUCACUAUCCCGAUUCGGGAUCAUCAACUCACCAAUGUGUUCCAACUUCGUGUUGCAAGCGACUAUUUCCUCGUUGACGACACUGUAGUGGCACUUUCAAUGCACAACUGUAUACUGCCGAAAUCUUACAAAGCUCAUACAGGUAUCUGCUAA